UCGAGAUCUAGUUUUAAGUUAAAAUGUAUUUAAUUAUGUUGCUAUUUCAGAGGAAUACAGAAAGCCUUUAAUUUUAGGGCAUUUUGUCAAAAUUUCCCUUUUUACAGUUCAGUUACAUAUACACAUAUGCACAUAUAAUAAAACUUGAACCUAUGUGUAAAAUAGUGAAUUCACAGAAGUAAUAUAUAUGAGUCAAUGACUGCUUAAGCCCUCUCCAUAAAUCUUUUGAUGUUUCUUGGAAAAGAUGGAAGUGUAUCCCACUUGAUCUUCUCACAAAUAAAACAUGUUUUUUACCUAAGUACAUCUCUCCUUCCACUUAGACAUCAAAAGAAUCUCUUUAGUUGUCUCUCUUUAUGAAAAGAAAAGAAAGAAAAACAACAAAGAUCAAUAUUCUCAAUUUAGAACUUUGGUUUCAUACCCAUUAGUCUUAUUCGUUUCAUUACCUGUCACUUUUGUAUGAUACAUUAAUUAGUAACUUUAUUCAAGCCACGAAAUGCUUCUAUUAUUAAUUCAUUACCCCUCAUCUCACAUGGAAUGAAGCAUAUUCACAUUUCUUGUUCCACAUGUACCUUCACAAUAUAACUACUCUCCAAAGUAACUGACAACUUCAACAUCUUCUUAUACCACUUCUUGAUUUGUUUCUACGAACCAAACAUAAACCAAACCCUAAGAGAGAAAAUGGGAGACCAAGGAGCACAACAAAUGCAACAGCCUGUUGUUGUGUAUCCAAACGCAUACACUACACAAAAUUCAUAUCCAUCUUCUUCCUCUUCACCAGCUUCUUCUUCCUAUGGCUCACGCGGUUCCUUUGCGACGGUCUUCAUAGUCGUAGCCGUGAUACUUGUCUUGUCGGCUGUGGCUUGUAUCUUCGGGAGGCUAUGCAACCGCAUAAGCCGCGGGGCCAAGCAAUAUCAUAGCAAACAGCCAAAGCGCGAGAAAGGGUCAUCUACGAAGAGCCAUGAGAUUCGGCCUGUGGAGUUUGAGCCGAGGGAGAGAGGUGAUUUGGAGUUUGGGGCGGAUAUGAAACAUCAUAGGGAAACUGAGAAACCUUAUGGAAGAGAGUUUGAGCCGAGGGAGAGAGGUGAUUUGGAGUUUGGUGUGGAUAUGAAACAUCAUAGGGAAAUUGAGAAACCCUAUGGAAGAGAUUACGAAGAUGACAUGGAAUUCGGAUUUGAUAACAAGAGAGGAGAAAGGGGCGGAGGAGGUCCACCUCAACAUGGAGUGAGGUUCAAGUUACCUGAAAACGAGGACGGUCUUCAUGGUAAAGGUGAAAUCAGACAUGGAGGUCCAGAUUUCGAGUUCCGACCAGGACACUAAUUAUUUUGAGUUGUCUAAGAACAAAACACUUUAUGUUUAUGUCUUAUUUGCUGCCUUUCUAUUAUUGGUUUCUCUUGUGCUUUUCCUUGCCUGGGUUGAUUUAUGGGUAUGUGAAGCUAUAAAAAUUCUGAGUCUCUUGGUGU